GCGGGCCACAUCGAUUUCCGUCGGAAAUGGCGCACCCUGCAAAACGGUCAAGGUAUGAUGUUCUUGCCGCAGCUACCGCUCAGUUCUACAACACUACAGGGACAGUACCGGGAAGCCUUCACCUGGCAACUGAUAUCUCCUAUCUAGUUACUAAUCAACCGAGUUGCACUAUUGUCGUUGCAGACAUCCCGGAAGGUUGUACAGAAAGGGAUUUGAUUGGUCUUUUCAGCAGAUACGGGCAGAUUAAAAAUGCCAAGCUGGUAUGCAGUGGUCGAGCUGCUCUUGUUGAGUUUUGUGAAAUUUCUCCUCCCACUAGACUUGUCCACAUGGCGAAAAUCAACCCUUUUUGUGUCGGUCCGAAUCGCGUUAGGCUGGAAUUUUCUUCCGAAACAAUUACUCCUGUAAUUGACCGCAAACAUCAAUCACAGUCUUCAGCCUUGGACAACAAUGCCCCUACACGCAUUCUUCAUUUAGAUAUUUCAAAUGCUGAAUACCCAAUAACUGUCGAUGUAAUAAAGGCAAUCUGUUCUCCUCAUGGGAAUAUCCUAAGAACCUUUAUUGGGAAAAGAAUGUUGACCGUUCAUUAGAAGCUCUUGUUGAAUUUGAAAAUGUUGAAGAGGCUAGGGCAGCCAAAGAGCAGCUUGAUGGUGCUGACAUAUAUUCCGGUUGUUGUAAUCUUACGGUUGCAUAUUCCCGUCUUCAACGUGUUCAUGUGACUCAGAACGAUAGUGAGUCCUGGGAUUUCACUGGUCCAAGUGGCAAUUUAGAAGGACCUCUGAACAAUUCUUCCACUCAGCGUACGCUACUUGGCUCCAGUAGCUCCGCCUCCCAAUUCAGCCGUAGCUUCUGCAAUCUUACCACCUCCUGCAGCCGCCCCAUUCCCACAUGUGUCUCCGAUGUAUGGCGCACAACCCUACCCUCCCUCCCAAACACCGAUGGGUUACUAUGGAGUGGGUCCACUUAUUCCUCCGGCGUGCGCUGUCCCUGCCGUGACACCGUUUGCCUCUCCAUAUCCAGGUUACUGGCAACCUAAUAUGAUCCCGGCUGCUGGUAUCCAGUCACUCAGGCCACAAGCUUCGACUGGUUUCACACCACCAUCACAAAUCAUAAUACUUCCAACCCCUCCUUCAGUUCAUCAAGUAAAUGCUAGCGGAAUUGGGAUUGGUCAUUCAACAUCAAACCUAUCUGUAUCAACUCCGGCUGCUCGUCAAUCGGACUUGUCAGUUUUUGAAGCUAUUGAAGGUGUAGUUUUAAUGGCCAGCAAUAUACCACAGCGCAUGAAUUGUGAUCAUCUGUUCAAUUUAAUUUGUCUGUAUGGUAAUGUUGCACGGAUUAAGUUCCUGAAGACACGCCCUGGCUAUGCAAUGGUUCAAGUCGGAAACCCAGAAACAGGUGACCUCAUACAUCGAUACUUCAGUGGAGUGUGUGUGUUUGAGCAAGUUAUUCAGUUUCAUCACAGCAAGGUGACGGAGCUUAAGGAACAUGAAAAUCUGGGGACAUUGGCUGAUGGGUCACCAGUUAUGAAAAAUUACAUGACGGACCCCAACAACCGCUUCCGAAACUCAAUGGUGGCUGCCAAAAGUAGAAUUCUUGAACCUUCUCGCACACUUCAUUUCUUCAAUGCCCCCCUUAAUUUUAGUCCAGAUGACAUUUGCCGAGUGUUCUCAGAUUGUGGUGCCACACCUCCACCCCGUGUUGUAAUAUUCACUUCUAAAGCAGGUCAAAAAAACUUCUCUUGGUAAGUUCUGAUAAUGAUUAACUGAACAUAUAGUAUAUUUAUCCCUAUUGACCAGUUAUUUAUCAAUAAUCCUGAACACAAGCUUAGUCAUAAGUGUUUUUUUCAAUGUAGUGAUUAGAUUACUAUGUGCAUGAUUGAACGUUUAACUUAUGUUAUAAAUAUUACGACUGUUAUACUGAUUACACCUGUACACAACACUACUAUCCGUUAGUCAGCUCUAAAAUAAGUAGUGCUUUGCUGAUCCUCAGGAUAAUAAUUGUUUCCAAAACGCGAAGUUUGUUAUGUUCUUUUGUUCCCAUGAGGAGCUGGAAAUUCACUGAUCUGUACUUGAUAACGGAAUCCCUUCAGAAUCUUCAUACUUUGUCCAGUGCGUAACACAUUUCAUCAGCACUAUGAAUUGUAACGGUCUCUUGUUCAAUUCCAAAAAAUAUCCCAUUUGCGUUUAGUUCACUAAGACGUAAGACACUAGUUUGUAGCCUUUGGUUGCUGAAAAGAAAGAAUAUAAACAGUAUGAAGCUAAUUUUUCAGUGUAUGUAAUGUAUAACUGUGCAUCAGCCGACAAAAGCUUCGUAAGGUAUGCUAAAUGCGACUGCAAAUACCUAGCAUUCCAAUAUUUUGUUACAUAUAACUAUGGAGACUACUUAUUUCGGAUGGUAGUUUUCAGUGAUUAUUUUGACAUGAAAAUCCUUGUUAUGGUCCUUGGCAUAUUGGUGAGUGCCAUGCAUAUAUUGGUCCCAAGUUUGACGAAAUAUGUCGACCUCAUAAAGGGAUUGACUACCAACUUUUUGACCAAGGGUCGAUGAAAGGUUACUAACUUUGAAGGUGCAAGGAAAAGAUAACUAGACGUUCGCUUGAAGCUUAAAGUAAAAUUGAUCAGUUUGGGCACCAAGUAACUCAGUGAGAAUAAUUGGAAAAUAGACAAAUCAAUGUGAAAAUAUUGUAGGGCCUUUCCACCAACCCAUAAGUAUCUCUAAGUAGUAGUAUUCCCACUCAACUAAGUAGAAGCCUAUAGGCUCGUCGGAAAAAAGGGCCUUGCAAAGAGUGCGCGACUGGAAAGUAAAUGGACGCGUUUAAGGUUCAUGGUACGUGUAAUUAGGAAAAAUCGAUAUCUACGGUGAGGCGGACACGUUGGAGCAUACACUAUGAAGUGCAGACGGACGCAUCAUAAUCUACACUUUCUUAUCACUUCCGAAGACUUCGAACUUAAAUAUUUACUCAAACACCGAUAGUGGUACAAGAAGGCACCAAAUAUAUACACGCCACAUAAUUCACUCAAUUUAUGUGAAGGCUGUCAUCAGUAAGAGUAUAGGAUAUUCGUAGCUUACUAGUAUUUGAUCAUAGGUGUCUUCGAAACAUUGCUCGUAUAUCUUGGGACCAUCGAGUAAGUAAUACAGUUGUUAGGAAACGGGUACCAUGUAAAGAAGGCAAAUCAACUGAUGAAGUGGUGAAAGUUCAUCAGUUGAAAUGACUGGGACACGUGUUACGUAUGCCCAACCACCGACUGCCCCGACGUGCGAUGUUUUAUGUUGCAGGAGUAGGUUGGAAGAAAGAUAAGGGCGGCCAGGCCAAAACAUGGCGCAAAUCCUUGAAGUCACUGACAAGUGAGCUGAGUCAUAUCGGUAUGUGUAGACUACCUGGUUGGGGACCGCGAGAUGAUAGCAACCGAUGGUUAGAGACCCUGAAUGACAUGGCUCAAAAUUGUUUGCAAUGGUGCAGGUGCAUCCACUCUUUGUGUUCUCCCGAAUUCUAAUCUUCCGAACUCUCCAUGUCCCUGUUUCCCUCUUUCCAAAUUUGUUUCACUGGAUUAUACUCCUUGAAUAACAUCUUCAAACCCUAAUCUUUCCGAUUACUGCUUAAACUCUUACUACCUCUACCACUACGGGAUUUAAAUCGACAACUGCAUCCUUGUGCUAAUGCGGCAUGGCAACUCGAACUGAUGUACGUGCGUGCGAAGUUCUACGUUGUUACUGUCUGACGGACUGACGUGGAGGCUGAGAUACUACCUAUGUGCCAAAACCGAGUCAGGUGGUUUUACUAAGGGGUUACACCGCGAGCCUUUGACCUAGAGGUCUAAUUCACAUGAUAAUGGAUCAACGUUAGGCAAUAUAGUCCCAUGGUAUCCGGUUACCAACAAUAGGUUCGUACUACAUUCGUUCCCUCAGGAUCCUGGAUCCCGUGUGACCAUUGGUUUGGAAUCAGGGUUUUCCAAAUCCCUGGGUAGAUUCUCGGAAUCCACCAACCCGGUUAAAGCGAUAGACAUUCGCGUUUUGUCCUCUCAAUUUCGUAAAGAACAUUAAUACCACGAGAAGGCAGUGAGUAGGACUUCCUUUGUAGUGGCUGUAUGCACGUGGACAUGUGAGAGCAUUUCAUGAUGGAGAGCUGACUCUACCCUCGACCAUAUCAGGGCAUUUGAGGGCUCAAACUUCGAAAAGCGUUGUGAGCUAUAAUGAACACACCAGUAUAGAACGUAAAACCGCCGCAAGUAUGCAUUACAUGUAUAUUCGGAAUGCACAGAUAGAAACCUGUACAUUCCAUAGUAUACACAUACGUAUAGAUGCGAUCACCCCAGACCAAGAAUGGUUGUAUGCCUAACGUAGUGCAGUAUCUAGUUUUCGUAGCCUAUAUGUGUACUUUCAUUGGUCUUGUACAUAGUCGAACUUUUGUGAAUUACCCAAAAGUUAAUAAAUUAGGGGUAUUAAAAACGUGUCUAGUUAUUGUCGUGCUUGUUUGCCUAUGUGUUACUGAAUAAUAACCAUAUUUGACAAGAUUCUAUAAAUCAGUGUAAAUGGAAAACAAGGUAACAUUCGAUUAUAUGAAUAGUAGUUUAUUUAUCUCUACAUCUACUUGACUACCGCGUAUUUGUAUCGAAUCCCAGUUUUUGUACAUUAAAGUGUUCUCUUCAGGUGAUUUCCGACGAGAAACGUCAAUCAGUUAGUCAAUGUGAAAACCAUUAAGUCCAAACUUUAUUAUAAAUAUCCAAUAUGAAAAAUGACUGAAUGUAAGUUUUUAUUUCUCUUGGACAGGAUUGGUAGAAUGGGAUACGUUGACUGAGGCUCUUGAGGCCCUCAUUUUGGCAAAUCACCGGCCAGUUCACUUAUCUGGAUACGCUCAUCCUUUUCAUCUAAAAAUUGCCUUUAGUCCGAAACCUAUAUCAGAUGACAGAGCUGGCAUUUCGCUGAUACGUUAUCCUGCACCUCCUUUGAUGCCCGGACACCAUGGAUCGUUGGCGAUAAAUGGUCAGCGAAAUGACAAGGCUCCUGGUGGCGGUUCUAAUGGGGAACAAGAGGAUGAAUUAGAUAUUCUGUCGAAAAUGGAGAAAGCCGAAGGUUGUGCAAAGCCUAAAUCAAAGGGUGACUCAGCGGAUGCUAAAUCUGAUUCAACUAAAUUUCCAGAAGAUGAAUCCAAUGGUGCACCAAAUUCGUCGGGAGUGACCGGAAACGAAACUUAGACGUGCGAUAGCGAACUGAUAUAUUUCAGUAUAUUUAACACCCGCGUUUCAUUAUGCUUAGCUUAUUAAUGGCCACUUGCAAAUGACAUGAUUGUGAAAAGUAGGAUUCACAAUACGUCGGCGAGAGUAAUUUUGUUCUGUGCUGGUGAUGCUUGGUGACUUUUCAAUCAUCGCCAAAGUACUGCUGCUAUCCAGUGGCCGAAGUUCGACCAUGUGUGUUUGGGGGAAUUGGUGAUAAUCUGAUUGACCUCACGAUUUUUGAAACACCGGUUUCGGUGGCCUAGGUAUGGUUUACGGACUUCAACCCAGCGGCUUCGACUUUAUGCAUUAUUUUUCCUGCGGAACUUGUUUGUUCAAUAAUAGUUUAUUGAAUACUAAUUUUCUCAUUCAUCCCAUGCGGUUGGUCAUAUGUAGCUGUUUAAAAAAUUUCGCUAUGUAUUGUGACUUACAAGUAUUCUAAUGGAUGGCAAAUGCAGUUGUUACGUAACUUCGUACCUCUACCAAGUGAGUGGUUUCUGCUAAAUCAUCAACAUUAUGUUAAUUACCAAUGAUCACAUGGAGGUAUACGUCCAGCAAUUCGGCUGAAUGACUUCCAGCGUGUGGGAUCAAAUAGUCUUAGUAAUUGUUCACUAAAAAGCUGAAAGGUAGGGGUUUCAUACGAUUUUCCCUGAUUAUGAAUGGGAAAAAUAGGAAAAAAAGACCGUAGCAGAAUAAUAUCAAUUCAGUUAUUCCUUAAAUCUCCCUCAGCUGCUUACAACCUUGAGACCAUUUUGUUAAUUACUGGAAAAAUGAGUAGCCCGUUGUUCUCCCAUUAUUCAAAUCUAUACAUGGAAGGAUUGUAUGAAAUUCUCAAAGAAACGUCUUCCCGUUGUUAAUGUUUCUGAAUGCAUGAUUCAUAUUUCAGGUAAUUUCUGCAGGGUGGUUACAUUUUUGGUUUAGUCCUUAGGUUUGGCCACCAUACGACCAACUCCGUUAAAUAAGUUAUUAAUCUAGAUAACUAGUCUUAUAGAAAUUACUGUAGUGUCUUGAGCAGAUUAAAUUAUUCAAUUUUUCGCACUAUUGACAAUUGAGUCAAAUUCAUCAUGAUCUAAUUUAUUUAGUCCAUCUAAUUCAUUGUGAUACAGAUUUGUGGCUUAGAUAAAUGGGUUAGACGGUAUUAUGAUCCCUAGAUGUUUCAAUCGCUUAAUGCUCAUUGUAGUUUUGGACAUCAUCAGUUGCUUAUCUGAUUUCUACACUUUCAAAUAAAGAAACAACCGGAAUUGUAACAGGACAACGUGUUGUGGAUCCUCCUCAACUACUUACAACCUAAAAACAUUGAUAAAAAUCAUUCGAAAAAAACACAUCUAUGUACAUUAUAUCAGUAAAGGAUUGAAUAAAACUAAGUUUGACAUGUAGAUGUAGGAUAAUAUAAUAUAAUAAUUAUGAUGAAGAAUCUGUUGAAAUCCUGGUUUAUUUCUAGGGUAAAUACAUGAAUAUUCUAGGAACAAAGAUUGAAAAGAGAAUUUCUAUCGAAAUCAUCAUGUAGUAAACUACUUAAUAAUUAAUUAGAGAAUAUGGAUUAGUUGAGUAAAACUGUUAUAAUUUGUGGCCGCAGAUUAGAGAUCAGUGAAUUAUCGACCGGACCAAGGACGCAUAAAACACGCGCGAGCAGUCUAGAGUCCUUAUCAGUCCUGCCUAGCCCAGUCAGUUUAGUCCAGAACACAAAUCUAAGCCUUUGUGAUAUGAAUCAUUUAUUUCAAAUUUACGGGGUUUAUAUACCAACCAAACAGUACACAUCGUACCAAUAAUAUAGGAAACAACAGUUGUGGCUGUGAAUGAGUGAGGUAGUAAUUGAUUGACAGGGCAUAAUUCAAGAAUGGUAAGUGGUGUAUUAAUAGUUCAUAGGUCAAAAUAAAGCUCAUACUAAGAGGGAUAUGAAUAGUUUAGUUAUUUAGCAAUUAUACGAUAGAAAUAUAUGUAUAGUACUGGUCCAUAAUGGAUCCCAACAGUUACCAUUCAUUAUGCUUAUUGGAGCCUAACAAGCUCAGAAGUAAGAAAUUCGCAUUUAUAAUUAAGGUCAUGGGAAAGAACUUAUGUAACAUUCUUUUGGAAAUAAGGUCACUUGGUAUAAAAACGAUUGAUAAUUAUCUUCUAGAUAUAGAAACUUGGUUGGAAUCUAUUUAUAUAGUAACCACUUCUGUAGUGGAUAAUAAAUGUGAUAUAUUUUUGUUGGUCGAUUACUUAGAAGGAUUCUGAAACAUCAACAUUAUGUCCAUCGUAAAGCAAUUGUACUAAUGUGCAAUUUUGUUGAUUUAAUCGCAACUUUUGUGGAAUGUGUUCGGAGUUUCGGAUAUAAAACUUACCUUCUGUUCUGAUGUUUGUGCUAUAGUAAAUGUGCGUAAAUUAGUGGAGACAAGAUAACGUGUGAAUGCUUACAGUUCGAUUGUUUCAGUUAGCGUUUUGUGUGUUAUAGAAGGACCGUCUCGGAGGCUGGAUACGCCCUUUUCAUUAUUGCCAUUAAUCUAAAAUCAAUUAAUCUUCCCUGUUAUUUUGUCACACUUGAAGUCAAGUUAUAGGAAGACAGGAUUUUCCUCAAUAGUAGUAUAUUUCAUUCCCUUUAUUCUAGUCGUUUGAUGCUUAGUCAUGGAUUUUUGUGGAUAACCUUAAUCACUCAAGCAACAUUCGACUAUGGUUAAUCCCUCAAUUCCAUCCUCAGAAGAUGCUAUUCCAUUAAUUACUGAAGCUAUGAUGCUUCAAGUAUAGCCCACUUUACAUGUCUCUUCAAUAAGUACGCCUUUACAAAUGACCACUCCGAUUACUGGUAGUAUUGAAAUCUAAAAAACGAAACACUUCAUAUUCCAUCAUAAAUGCAAUGUACAGACAGUGACGUAUCCAGCUCACACAGACUUUCGCGUUUUACCAGAAAAUAUGUCAGAUGUAUCAAAUGAUGGUCAGAAAUCUAAUACAAUUUUGAUAGAUGCUAAUUACCUUGAUGAUCGAUUAUCUACAAAUGAAAUUCCCAAUAAAUUUGGUCACAAUAUUUCAGAAGAAUCAAACUUCGAUGACCUCAUGGCAAGCAUCGUUCAACCUCCCCACUCAGUCACUUUCAGUCGGUUCUCUGCUCAGUGUGACAAACAUGUCUUAAAUAAAUUCAAAUUAAUUGUAACUUGAGCAUAUGAGGAUCCAACACUGUUUCGUGGGGGGAGGAUGAAUUCGGAAAAAUUAAAAUUCGGAUUUUCAACAAAGGAGAACUGAUAUGACGGAAAGAAAAGUCAAUUUUCGAUUGAUUUACUCAUUAUGAGUCUUAUUCAACAUUCAACAUCCGUUCUAAUUCAAUGUAAUGUUUACUCAUUGAAGUAUUCGUUUUUGUUUCCCCGUAUGAUAUUUUAUUCUGUAUAAUAUGCGAGAUAUUCUUGUAUUCCAUUGACAUGAACUAUGCUCAAUAUGUGAUUUAUUAUAACUCUAAGUAUUUUUCAUAUAUGUGAUUUCAAAAUGGGUGUACAAUCAAUAUAUAAAUGAGUGUAUUUUCUACUAGAGUUGUCGUCGUCGUGUUUUGGAGUUAAUAAAUCAUCAUUUAUACCAGUCUUUUUGUUCUUACUUUCGUAUCGUGGGAACAUAACAGCUCUAUCGAAAAAGAUCCAAUGCACGAGAAACAUGUUAAUAAUAAUUACAUGCAACACAUAUAUCAUUAAUAUUCCUGACAUUCAACGUUAUCAUUAGUUGCUAAUUUUAUUAUAGAUCUAGAUUACCCAGAAUUGAACCAAAACGACUAUCCAUAACCAUUUCACCAAUUUGAGCUGCGAAUUUCUAUCACAAUAACUUUUAGAUGGACUGGUAAAUUGGAUCACCUCAAGCUUUGAUCUAGAGGUCUAAUCUACAAGGCAGUGAAGCAAAAUUAGGCAAUGCAAUCCCAUGGUAUCCGGUUAUCAACAGUUGGUUCAUACGUCAUUUGUUCGUUCAGAAUCCUGGAACCCAUGUGACCAUUGGUUUGGAAUCAGGGUUUUCCAACUCUCCUAGGUAGAUUCUCUGAAUCCACCGACCCGGUUAAAUCGAUGAAUGUUCACUCUUCGUUCUCUCAUUUUUGUAAACAACAGUAAUGCCCCGAGAAGGCAUUGAGUAGGACUUCCCUGGUAGUGGUUGUAUAGGCGAGGCCAUUUGGGAGCAUUUCGAGAGGGAGAGCUAACUCUCCACACUCUUGGUCGUACCAGGGAAUUUUGGGGGUUGGGUCAUGAUGGGUUUGACUCACUUGUCAAUAGUACGAAGAACUGAAUAAUCUGCACUCCAAAAAUUGAUUUGUUCAAGACAAUACAUUAUUGUAUAGUUCGUGUUCUCUUGAUCGAUGGUGUAAUUAUGUGCCAGUGGAAUAAUUUUGAUAAGACUAGUUAUCCAGACUAAUAACUUAUUUAACGGAGUUGGUCGUAUGGUGGCCAAACCUAAGGAUUAAAUCAGAAUUAUCAAAUAAUAAUGGCUAACGUUCUUCGUUUUGCCUUCUAAAAUCCCGACGAUUUAUACACAAUUAGUUAUUUACUGACUAGAUCUAGAGAUUAAAUGAUGUCGUUGACGAUUGAACCUAAAUUAAGAGAAAAACAGGGUAUAGAUUUAUUUUGCCGUCAUUAAUAAAAAACAAUUAGUAUGAGUGAAACAGACUGAUUUCACAGAUUUAUUUUACACCAAUAACUAGUCAGAACUGAUUGACGUUUGGUUGAAUGUAGCUCAUUGCUGAUUAAUUAGCUGAGUUACCUUAUGAAGAUUAUGAAGCAUUUUUAAUCCCUCUCCUAACACAAUCCAUUAUCAGUUUAGGGGUUGUGGAGAUUGUUAAGUUUUUGAUUGAGAUCAUGAACCGAUUGAUGUUAGACGACCACUGAAAACCUGGAAGCACUGAACGACCGUUUUGUCCUAUUGUGGGGCUUCUCCACAGUGCACAUCCACAACCCGGCCUAGCGGGGUCUGAACCCAAGGCCUUCAGUCUCGCUUUCGAACGCUUAACCUCUUGACCACUGAGUGGGCAUCCAAUUGUGUUAAUGUCUAACCUCAACCAAUCCAUUAGACACUAACACCACUGGAUGCCGGCUCAGCGGUCCACUAUGUUGGGCGUUUGCGAGCGAGUCCGAAGGCCCUGGGUCCGAAUCUCACGAGUGGGGCCUUGGAUGGGCACUGAUAAAGAGUCCCAAAAUAGGAAGAAACGGCCGUCCAGAGCUUCUAGGUUUUCAGUGCUGGUCUAACAUCAAUCGGUUCAUGAUCUCGAUCAAAUAAAACAAUCCAUUAUGUAGGUUUAGAAUUCUGAACUAGUUUUUUCUCAUUCUGUGACACUUCUUAUAUAAAUUUAUUAUUGGAAUCGGUUUCUAAUAACUCUUUGAAAAAUGAGUCACA